AUUCGUGCGAUCACUUAGCAUUAAUGAACUUGAAGCUUUAUGGAGCAUUUGAGGCCGAAGAAGAGUAUUAAGACUGGAAUUUGGAUAAAUUAUUCGAUGAGUAAAAGCGAUUUUUAAUAGUAAUAGCAAUGGCAUUGAGAAAUACCGGUAAAUACCGUCCUGAAAAGGCGAAUACUUCGAAAACCAAGUUCGAACCGGGCUCUAAUGUCCCCAGAGAGAACACGGCUGAGGGGAGGCUGAUCCAGGCGAAUGAGAAUGUCAGAGCCGAUCAUUUAUAUGGGUUUGAUCGAGUAACAGACAACAAAGAGAGAAUUGGAUACCUGAUCAACAUGCACGCUACUGAAAUCGUAGAAGAGGACAAACGUCUCAUCAGUGGCGUGGACUAUUAUUUCCUCGAGGAAGACUGCACUCGCUUCAAAGUAUCCCUUCCUUAUCACCCAUAUUUCUACAUAAAAUGUCGAAAGGACACCGAGCAGGAAGUCUCCAACUUCCUCCUCAAAAAAUAUAACGGUGUCAUCUCAAAAGUAGAGACAAUAAAGAAAGAAGAUCUCGACCUGCCCAAUCACCUGUCAGGUCUACUUCAAAAGUACCUCAAGCUCUCCUUCGCGAAUCUCAUCGAUAUGCAGAAGGUACGUCAGGACAUCAGACGCGCUGUGAAAACCAAUUCAGAACGUGAUAAAGGCCACAGUUACUACUCAGACCUCUGGGCGACUUCAGAGCACCUAGAAACCGAUACCUCCACCAAAAAGAACAUCAUCGACCACAUGGACAACAUAAUCGACAUCCGCGAGUUCGACGUGCCUCAUCACGUGCGCAUAAGCAUAGAUCUCCAAAUUUUCGUGGGUUGCUGGUACUCAGUGAAAUCGAAGGGCACAGAUCCCCCUCUAAUAACCCGGAGGCCAGACAUCCUCGAGACAAUAGACCCCAUCGUUCUCGCCUACGAUAUAGAAACCACAAAACUCCCCCUGAAAUUUCCAGACGCCACUACAGACCAAAUCAUGAUGAUCUCCUACAUGGUGGACGCCCAAGGCUACCUCAUAAUCAACCGAGAGAUCAUCUCCGAGGACAUCGAGGACUUCGAGUACACCCCGAAACCCGAAUUCGAGGGUAUCUUCAAGGUCUUCAACGAGGCCAACGAGAAAGCCACAAUUAGAAAGUUCUUCGAUCACAUCCUGGAGCUUCGUCCCCACAUUUUUGUCUCCUACAACGGGGAUUUUUUCGACUGGCCCUUCGUAGAAACCAGGGCAUCGUUUCACGGAAUGAAUAUGAAGGAGUCAAUCGCCUUCUCCAGGAACCGAGACGAUGUAUACGCGAGUCGUCCAUCGAUCCACAUGGACUGCCUCUCCUGGGUGAGAAGAGACUCCUACCUCCCUGUGGGCUCCCAAGGUCUCAAAGCAGUGACCAAAGCAAAAUUACGAUACGAUCCUGUCGAGAUAGAGCCCGAAGAGAUGUGCAGACUGGCUGCUGAAGAACCCAAGACCCUCGCUAACUACUCAGUGUCCGAUGCAGUGGCCACAUACUACCUCUACCAGAAGUACGUUCAUCCAUUCAUCUUUGCUCUCUGCACAAUCAUCCCCAUGGAGCCUGAUGAGGUCCUCCGAAAGGGCUCUGGAACCCUCUGCGAAUCCUUGCUGAUGGUUGAAGCUUACAAGGCCAACAUCAUCUUUCCCAAUAAACAAGAGACCCAACUGAACAAACUAACGCCCGAUGGACACCUGCUGGACUCUGAGACGUACGUUGGAGGUCACGUAGAGGCGUUAGAAUCUGGGGUAUUUCGAGCAGAUAUCCCUUGUCGGUUUAAAAUCGUCCCGAAUGCUGUGGAUGACCUCAUGAAUUCUGUGGAGAAAGCCCUCAAACACGCCAUCCAAGAAGAAGAGAAGGUUCCACUCGACUCAGUCAUCAAUUUCGACGAAGUUGCCGAUGAGAUUAAGGGAAAGCUCCAGACAUUGAAAGACCAGCCAUUGAGACUCGAGAAGCCAGUGAUUUAUCAUUUGGAUGUGGGUGCCAUGUACCCCAACAUCAUCCUUACUAAUCGAUUACAGCCUAGCGCAAUGGUGGACGAGGCAGCCUGUGCUGCAUGUGAUUUCAAUAGGCCUGGGGCUAUCUGCAAACGAAACAUGCAGUGGAUGUGGAGGGGGGAAGUUCUGUCAGCUUCCUUGGGGGAGUACCAGAGGAUCCAGCAACAAUUAGAGACCGAGAAGUUCCCACCGCUAUUCCCUGGAGGCCCUCGUCGAGCCUUCCAUCAAUUAUCUAAAGUGGAUCAAGCAGCUUAUGAGAAGAAACGACUCACUGAGUACUCCAGAAAAGCUUACAAGAAAGCUAAGAUUACCAAAACUGAUGAGAGGACUCAGACAAUCUGUCAAAAAGAGAAUUCUUUCUAUGUAGAUACUGUCAGAGCCUUUAGGGACCGGAGGUACGAGUACAAAGGUCUCACCAAGGUUGCUAAGGCACAGGUAGCAGAAGCAGUUGCCAAGAAUGAUGCAGGGGAGAUCAAGUCAGCGAAGAAUCGAGAGAUUCUUUAUGAUUCGCUGCAGCUUGCUCACAAGUGCAUUCUCAAUUCUUUCUAUGGAUACGUCAUGAGGAGGGGGUCGAGGUGGUUCAGCAUGGAAAUGGGGGGAAUUGUCUGUUACACUGGUGCUCACAUCAUCAUGAAGGCUAGGGAGAUCAUUGAACAGGUGGGAAGACCCCUGGAGCUCGAUACUGAUGGCAUUUGGUGCAUUCUCCCUGCCUCGUUUCCUGAUAAUUUCGUCAUCCAUACGACGCACCCCAAGAAGUCUAAGAUCACUAUUUCGUAUCCCAAUGCUGUAUUGAACUUCAUGGUGAAGGACGAGUUCACUAAUAAUCAGUAUCAUGAACUGGUUGAUAAGGAGAGUGGGAUGUAUGAGGUACGACAGGAAAAUUCCAUAUUCUUUGAGGUUGAUGGACCUUAUCUAGCUAUGGUUCUCCCGGCUGCUAAGGAGGAGGGAAAGAAGCUAAAGAAACGAUAUGCUGUCUUCAAUUUCGAUGGAUCAUUAGCUGAAUUGAAGGGAUUUGAAGUUAAGAGGAGAGGAGAAUUGCAGUUGAUUAAGAACUUCCAGUCGUCAGUGUUCGAGUGUUUUCUGAAGGGAGGAACUUUAGAGGAGUGCUAUCAAGCUGUUGCUGAGGUUGCUGACUACUGGUUGGAUCUUCUGUACUCCAAAGGUGCUGAUAUACCAGACACUGAGCUGUUUGAACUCAUUUCUGAGAACAAAUCAAUGUCGAAAAAGCUGGAGGAUUACGGUGCUCAGAAAUCGACGUCCAUUUCCACUGCUAAACGUCUCGCUGAGUUCCUGGGAGAUCAGAUGGUGAAGGAUGCAGGAUUGGCUUGCAAAUAUAUCAUCUCGAAGAAGCCUCAUGGGGCUCCAGUGACUGAACGAGCAAUUCCUUUGGCUAUUUUUCAAUCAGAACCUAGUGUGUCGAAACAUUAUUUGAGGAAGUGGUUAAAAGAGCCUGGAUUGCAAGACUUUGACAUCAGGGAGAUUCUCGAUUGGGGGUAUUAUAUCGAGCGGCUGGGCAGUACCAUUCAGAAGAUUAUUACGAUCCCAGCUGCGAUGCAGGGAAUUUCCAAUCCUGUCCCCAGAGUCAAGCAUCCUGACUGGCUUCAUAAGAAGAUUUUAGAGAAGAAUGAUGUCAAGAAGCAGAGGAAGAUCACUGAUCUGUUUAGUGUAGUCCAACCACCGAUAGUCGAUGAUAUUGGGGAUAUUGAGGAUACAGGGAGUCAAUCAGUCUUCAAGAAACCAGGUCCAGUGACCCACAAACGAAAGCGAGGGUCAGAGACUGAUGAAGAGGAGAUCAACAAAAGUUGGAGGGAGGUUUUAGGAGCGCCUCCACCUUUUGGCAAGACUAAAGAAGAGCGAAAGGCCUGGAUGGAGUUCCACAAAAGAAAGUGGGAGUAUCAAGCCAAGCAGAAAGGCCACCAGAAGAAAAAGCGAUUGCGAUCGAUGCAGGAGCCGAUGGACAUUCCCAGAGGAUUGAUAAGGAAUACCGAGACAACGACUCUCUCAGGGUUUUUGAGAAAAGCCCAACGAAAGCUCAUAGACACUGCCUGGCAUAUUUUGCAGAUUGUUGAAACCCACGAGCCAGGGCAUUUUCGACUGUGGGCCCUAGUCUCUGGAGAGCUUCAUCAGAUUCGUUUGAUCGUCCCGAGGAUCUUCUAUGUUAACACCAGAAAGGAGAGACAAGAGCCUGGUCCCAAUGACCUUUGGCGAAAGUGCAAUAAGAUUCUCCCACGAUCACGACCUGUUUACAACCUCUAUCAAUACACUGUUCCAGAGGACCUGUACCAAAAGCACAGUCAGAACCUGAUGGAGAGUGUCACCAAUCCUGAGAAUGAAGGCAUCUACGAGACACAGAUGCCUUUGAUAUUUAGAGCGAUUGUAAAUCUGGGGUGCAUCUGCUCGGUGGACCCCAUAACAUCAAAAUCAGAGUCUGAUACUUUCCAUCUUCAUCAGCUUCAGUUGGUCGCAAGUACCGACUCUUACCUGAGAGAUCAGAAUCUAAAGCACAUAUACCUCUAUCACCACUGGUCAACCAAUCGUCAGAGAGCCAUGUGGGGGCUAUUCCUAGGCCCCAGCAAACGAGUUCACAUUUUCGUGCUAGACAGUGUCAGAACUAAUCAGAUGCCUUUCAUGAGUUCGUUGUACAAUUCCGAAAGGAAGAAUGCAAUGGAAGAACCGGAGGCCAAUCAGUUCAUGUCAUCUAUCCCCGAGGAGAUGCAGUUUGAUGUCAGAAUGGAGACUAGUCAAGCUGGCAUCAACAAGUACCUGCAAGCAGCCUUAAAGAACUAUAAGGACGAGAAGAAAGGGGCUACCGUGUUGGCUAUAAAAUCUCCCAUGGACUUGUCUGCUUUGCUAUCAGAAAUGCCAGGCAUUGGAGACUUUCCAGUUGUCAACACUCAUGUCCAAGACGUUGACAAUCUCUUCAGUACUCUCGAGUGGCAGAAGGCAGGGGCUCUGAGCAUGGUGAGACAUUACCUCAAAGCCGAGCACAUCCUGAGUCUUAUGAUCGAUCAAGCCAGCUUCUUCAAGUCUCCAAUUGGCAACAUCCCAGCUGAUGCGACCCUCUUCGCUGCUGAUCUGUUCUAUGCCAGGCAUCUUCAGAAGCACAACUUCGUGCUCUGGUGCUCUCCAACGGAAAAACCCGACCUUGGAGGAAGUGAGAAUGACGAUAACAGAUUGCUGACUGAUUUCGAAGAAAGUGCAACCUGCACAACUAACAGGUCUGGAACUUAUUCGAGUGUCUUGAUCGAACUAGGAAUCGAGAGUUUGGCCAUUAAUACUCUUCUGCAGGCACCUAAGGUCAACGAUGUUGAUGGGACAGCGUCAUUUGUGGCUUUUCAUACAGCUCCCAAGGCCAGUCUCCAGGAAAUAGCGACUGAAGACAACACGAUGACUGCUAUUCCUAGCUAUGACGAGGCAGUUUUAUGCUCUGCCAGCUUCAAAAUCCUCCGAAUGAUGGUGAAUGGGUGGCUGAGGGCAAUCUCCUUGCAGAAGAAUGUUUUUGCUGAUUACCAGGUGAUUCACUUUUACAGGUGGUUGAGGACCCCCAACGCUCUCAUGUACGACCCAGCACUCAGAAGGAUUCUCCACAACUACAUGAAAAAGUUGUUCCUCCAGUUGAUCGCUGAGUUCAAACGACUGGGCUCCAUCAUCGUUUUCGCUAACUUCAAUAAGAUCAUUAUCUGCACGAAGAAGAGAACUGUGGAGGAUGCCAUGGGGUACGUGGAGUUUGUCGUCAAGACUAUCAAGAACAAAGAGUUGUUUCACAGUAUUGACAUCACGUACGAGCAGUGCUGGGAGUAUUCAAUCUGGCUGGAUGCAGCCAACUUCUGUGCAAUCAAGGGGAAAUUACCUGAGGAAGCGGAACAAGAAGUUGGAAGAGAGCUUGAUGAUGACGAAGAUGACACACCUGAGAUCAUCAUGAAUUGGAAUUUAGCUGAGAUUCUGCCGACUGAGGGAGCCUGUGAGAGAAGCUUCAAGGCUAUUGUGGCGGGAUAUGUCACAGCCAUUUAUGAAUUCAUGAGUGAGGUGGAGCCUGGGGGGUGCACACCUAGACCCAGGAAGAGGAGGAAUAAUUCUUUGAGCCAGACUAUCAGUGCUCAGUUGGGGUUGGGAGCACUGGAGAAUACAGCUGAGUUUGCUAAGAAGUUGGUUACUGGGGAGAUGAGUCAGAAGCUUUUUCAGAUUGUUCAGAAGAUUCAGAAGAAGGUGCCUGAGAAGGUAAUCACAAUAGAGGAGCAUCCCAAUUUGGAUCUGCAGGGGCAUGACUCCAUGAAAAUCCAGCCUGCUUUGGAGUUUGUCAAGGCGAUUUGCAAGGUUUUGGGGCUGGAUAAGGAGCUUGAGGCUGAGGUUUACGAGCUGAAGACGAAUUUGCUGAGGUUGAUUGGAGUGGGAGGAUUCAGUGAGGCCGCUGAGUGGAAGGAUCCUUGCAUAUCUUUUGUCCUGCCUGAGAUCAUUUGUAAGGCUUGCAAUCACACGAGGGAUGUGGACCUCUGCAAGGACUCACAUCAUCGGUUUGAUAAAGACGAGGUCAAUGUUUGGUACUGCCCCAUGUGCAAGACCGAUUACGAGAAUGAGGAGAUUGAGUUCAUGUUGAUUGAUACGCUUAACAGGAAGGCCAUGGCCUUUGUUUUGCAAGAUCUGGCGUGCAGAAAGUGUGGGGAAAUCAAGAGGGAUAAUGUUAUGAGCCAUUGCAGUUGUGCUGGGGAGUACAAAACUACUGUGGGAAAGGCAGAGAUGAUUAAUUGCGUGAAGAUCUUGAGGGCUAUUGGGAGGAAGUGCAGGAUGACGCUGUUGGAGGAUGCUAUUGAGAAUACAAGGCUUUGAAGCGCGGGUGGAGUAAUGUGAGGUACUGUUUUUUAAAGAGUGGAUUAUUUUUCGAACGCGAUCUUGGUUGUUUUUUUUAUUUUGAUAAUAUGAAACGAUCUCCAAUUGCGACUCAGUUUUACAUAGCUUUGGAGUCUCCAAAAAUCAUGAUUGUACAAUCAAAAAAAUGUUGAAAAAAAGCUGAAUAUUUUCAAAGAGCA